AUGACCUUGCCACUCGUCACUCCGCAGAAUCCUGCCAACACUGGCGCAGCGACUGUGACCGCCUUCCCCUUCGCCAAAGCCCGUAUGCGCUACAAAGAGGACAGACACCCGACGAUCCCAGAGCCCCUGAAGGACGAGUUCUUGCUUGACUUGCUGGCGCCAGUGGAGGCGCGUUUUCAUGCCAACCCGGGUGGCGUAACUACUGGUGAUGAAUUGAAACAGACAGAUUUGUCUAAAGACGGCCUCAACCAAUCACACUCGUCAGUUGAGCCGCGUACCUAA